AUGGUCGGUAUCAACAGGGAUAUGGAGGAGAAUGAAAUCCUUAAUAGUGUGGAUGAAAUGAUCCUGGCUGAUGAAAAACUCGAAACAAGCAGCGCUGGGAGCAGGGGCGCAUUCUUCGCCAGCUUGGCCGCACCUUAUUUCUCAUUUCUGGUCCCUCAGGCACUGUCAAGCGAUACGGGAAACAGAUCCGUUCGUGCCGUCCUCGGUUUUCUGCCUCCACCGACGGCGCCUCCGCCGCUCGCGCCUCCGCCGCGGAAGCGCCUGCCGGCGUCGCCGCUGCCGGUCCGGUCACCUGCACCGGACGGACGCCUCUCGCCGCUGCCACGGCCCCACCUCCAGCCACUGCCGCCGCCGUGUUCCUCCGCGGCGGCAGAACCGAUGGACGCUGAGGCUGACGUCACGCCGCCGCCGCCGUCGCCCAUGGAGGUCGUUUUUCCGCCUCCUCAUCCGAGCAUACCCAGUGGCGGUGCGCGGCCUGGGCAGGUUUUCCACGGGGCGUUUUCUUCGCCCCCUCGAGAGCAAUUCGGGAUCGCGUAUGGACAGCGCACCCCGGCAGUUCAGCUGUCUGCCCCGUCAGCUGCGCCGCCCGGUGCGUCAUUUCAGGGGAGAGGGAUGUGGUAUCCAUAG